GGAACCCAGUCGCCUCACGCUCCUCCUUCGCAUCCCGGGCCGUGUCAUACGGUGAGCGCCCCGACCCGACCCGACCCGACCCGACCAGACGCCCGGACCCGCCGAUACCCCGCCGGAAACUGACCCCCCGGGACCCGCCGCUGCUCAAGAUGCCCAGAGGCGGCGCCCUCCUGCUCGCCGCGCUGCUCCUCGCCGCCCUGUCGGCCACCCUCGGGUCCCCGGUGAAGGAGAAGAGGGGCUGGACCCUGAACAGCGCUGGCUACCUUCUGGGUCCACAUGCUGUUGACAACCACAGGUCAUUCCAUGACAAGCACGGCCUUGCUGGCAAGCGGGACCUGCAGCCUGAAGACGGCGCGAGGGCAGGCGACUCUGACGGGCCGCUGCCCUGGAACGAUGAUGUUGUGCGCAAGAUAAUGGAGUUUCUGACUUUCUUGCAUCUCAAAGAGACCGGGGUUCUGCUGCCCAUACUCCCCUCGGCGGCGUCCUGGGAAGACACAGAGCAGUCACCCUGAGGGAGCCGGGAAAGGCCCUCCCGUCCCAGGAGGUCAGAUUCUGAGACGAUGGGUCAGCUUGUGCCAGCUCCCCGAGUCAGCCAGCCCCUCCUCUCCUUUGAAGCUGUGUUGUUAUAAUUUAAGAUUUCCCCUUUGGUAAUUAUUCUCGUGGCAAAAUAAAAACCAGCAAGUGUU